CAAACAUUCCUCACAUUCCAUUCCAUUUCAAGAAGAGAGAGAAACAGUCAAUCAAUCUCACAAUCACAAACACCAAUCUCAAUUCCCAAACAACACUCUCCUUUUUCCACUCUCUUUUUUCCCUCCUCCCUCAUUGAUUUUCUGUGCUUAGCAUGGGUUUGGAUUUUGUCAAUUGAAUCAAUCUUCUGACUUGACUUCUUCUUCUGCUUCUGGCUAAUCAUUCAAGACAUUCAUUCUUCUGUGAUUUUCUGAGAUCACAGAUAUGACCAAUAACACAGAUUUGUCUCAGGGAAAUAAUAAUGGUGGUGCUUCUCUUCCUCCUAAUCCCCAGUCGGGGCCAAAAGACCAUUCUCAUGUUAUUAGCGGCAAUGCGAUUUUCAAGAGUGGGCCCCUUUUCAUAUCUUCCAAAGGAAUUGGAUGGACAUCCUGGAAGAAAAGAUGGUUUAUUUUAACACAAACUUCACUUGUGUUCUUCAGAAGUGAUCCAAAUGCAGUCCCUCAGAAGGGAAAUGAAGUGAAUUUGACCCUUGGUGGCAUAGACCUCAACAAUUCAGGCAGUGUCAUUGUCAAACCAGACAAGAAACUCUUGACUGUUCAAUUUCCUGAUGGUCAUGAUGGACGAGCUUUCACACUUAAGGCUGAAACCACGGAGGAUUUGUAUGAGUGGAAGACCGCACUUGAAAAGGCUUUGGCACAAUCACCUAGUGUUGCCAAUGUGAUGGAGCAAAAUGGUAUCCUCAGGAACGAUCAGAAUGAUUCAAUUGAUAUUUCUUUGGACCAGUUGAAGGAUAGAGACCCGCCUAAAUCUACUGUCAUUGGCCGGCCAAUUUUACUUGCUUUGGAGGAUGUUGAUGGAACCCCAUCAUUUUUGGAAAAAGCCCUGAAAUUCAUCGAAGAGCAUGGAGCCAGUGUAGAAGGGAUCUUACGACAAGCAGCUGAUGUUGAUGACGUUGAACGUCGAGUUCGGGAAUAUGAACAAGGAAAAAUUGAUUUUUCACCAGAUGAGGAUGCACAUGUCAUUGGGGAUUGUGUUAAGCAUGUAAUUCGGGAAUUGCCAUCAUCUCCAGUACCUGCAUCUUGUUGUAAGGCACUGUUAGAAGCUUGCCGAACUGAACGUGGUAAUAGGGUUGCUGCUAUGCGCGCAGCAAUAAAUGACACUUUCCCCGAACCAAAUCGCCGCUUAUUGCAAAGAAUACUCUUGAUGAUGCAAACCGUGGCUUCACGCAAAACUGUGAAUAGAAUGAGCUCCUCAGCUGUGGCAGCUUGCAUGGCACCUCUACUUCUUCGCCCCCUUCUAGCUGGAGAGUGUGAGAUCGAAAAUGAUUUUGAUGUAGGCGGUGAUGGUUCUAUUCAACUUUUACAAGCAGCUGCAGCAGCAAACCAUGCUCAAGCAAUUGUUAUAACUUUAUUAGAAGAAUAUAACACCAUAUUUGGGGAAGGCUCUGUGUCCCCUGAUAUAUACACUGACUCAGAAGAAGAGAGUGAGUCUGAGAGCGAGGAGGCUACUGAUGAUGAUUUAUCUUAUGAUGAUGAGGAGGAGGAUUAUGAUGAUGAACACGAUGGAUCAUCACAGGAGUCUGAUGCAGACGAUGAUCAUGUUAGCGAAUCCUACAGUGGAUCUGGAGAAUCUGAUGUUGAUAAUACUCCCAAUAAAAAGGACCAUGAUCAUUCUAGUUCAAGUUCAAAAUCCUCAAGUGUGAGUGAAGAAAACAAAGCCAAACCAAAGUUAAAAACUAAGUCACUUGAAGGCUCCCCAACUCAACCUGAUGAAUUCAAAAGCUGUGAAAAUCUCGCGAGCCCGAAGAAGUCUGGUUAUGCAGAUCAUUCCAAUAAACCUGCUGAUAUAGUUGGAGAACUUUCCACAGACCAAGCUGCAUUGCAUAAUUCAGAUUUUCCUAGCCCUACUUCAUGUAUCAGAAAAUCCAAUACCAUAUCCAACGGCCCAACUACUCGGCACCGCAUCAUGGGGCGUACCGCUGCAAGGAAGAACCUCUCCAUGGAAUCCAUUGAUUUUUCUGUUGAUGAGGAUGGAGAUGGAAUUGAAAGGCUCGAAGCUUCUAAAGCUGAACUACAAAACGAAAUUGCAGAGGAGGUUAAGGCAAAUGCAAAGCUGCAAUCUCAUAUAGAUGAUCAAAAGAAAUCCUUGCAUGAGCGUCGUUCGGCACUUGAGCAAGAUGUGGCUAGACUACAGGAACAGUUGCACAAAGAGAAGAAUUUCCGGGCAACUCUUGAGAACAAGGCUGAGCUGGAGGAAUUAGCUCUGGUAGAAUUGGAUCUUGCCAACAUCGAGCAGAAGGUUGAGGAGAUUGCGGUGCGGCUUAAUAUAAAACUUGACCGGAAUUAUGGAUCUACUUCAGAUUUCUAUAAUCAACAACGACAAAUGUCGCAUCAGGAAAGAAAAUUGAAAUAUAAGUUAGGUACUGAAGUUGCUGCCGCACCACAAUCGGACAGGUCAAUAACUAAGGACAUUCAUCUUGGUGGAGCAGUAAGUGAUAUUGAGAGAAAGCCUGAGUCAACACCUUUAUCAAACAAACAGCCACCAUCUGGUUCCAAGAAAUCUGGUUCAAAGGGUGAUGGAGCACAUUCCACUCCUUCUGCACUGACAAAACUGACAUCCAGACUGAACUUUUUGAAGGUGGGCCGAAGCCAGGAAGGAAAAGGAUCUGAGCGUCACCAAACACUUCCAUCCCCUAACAGGUAUGGAGGAUCUGAAAUCAAUGCUGUGCCGCUCCCGGAAAAGGGUAGAGGCUUAGAAAGUUCCCAGCAACUCCAGGAUUCAGAUAGAGCAUCAUCAGGUAAAGGCAAAUCACAUCAAAAUCCAGACAAAUUGAAGAAAUCAGAGUCUCAGCCAGGCCACCACUCAGAGGGAUGGAGUCAGCAUUCGAAGCACUUGGAAAGAGGAAGGUCAGAAGGGCAUCAUCAGGCUUAUAAUGUGGAUAAAGGUCGAUGAUCGUAACGCCAGUCUUUUGUUACACAACAACAAAAUCCAGAUGCUGCGGGGGCUAUUGUGAUCAAAUCAGUCAUUGUUUUACUGCAUUGCUUGUGUCUUCAAAGAUGCUUUGAGUGGUUUGUGAAAUACAGUGAGAAGAAUGCUUCUUAGCUGAAGGUUGGCACGAGAGAGAGUGUAUUCAAAUGUAAAAAAGCAAGAUGUGCAAGGCAUAGGUCAGCCAUAUCACCAUGACAUAAGCUGAACUGUUUGUAGCCUAACAUGCUGAUUUUUACUGGCUCAGUGAACAUCAUGAUGAUUUUGCAAUUACACUUUCAUAUUUGUAAAUGCAAACCUUGAGUUGUUUAGCAUAA